UACAUUGAGUACGUGGUGGAGAGUGCGAUCAUCGCUGCCAUGAGAUAUCACCUUGUCGGAACUUCACUUGCCCUCAAGCUUCACUUGUCAGUCCUCACCUCCCUCGCAGCAGGUGACUUCACUCAGCUGCCUCGCACAUGCCCCUAAUGGAGUGGCCGAAAGUGGAAGGCAGAGCAAGGGUGGUCCGAGCUUCUAUGACGAUCUUGCCCCACCGUGGGGUGUCGGGGCUGUUUGCCCUGGAAUUAUAUUCUGCUCCUCCCUCAAACUUCUCUCAACACUUUCCUCUCUUCUGAACAACUGCCUUGUUUGCCUUCAAAGCUCGUCAAUUGCACUUCACAGACACCCUCAUACCACAAUCCAACUCACACUCAAGCAAACACCGUCACAAUGGGCAAGGUCAAAUACGUCCUCCUCGACUGCGACAACACUCUCUGCCAGUCUGAGAGGCUCGCGUUCGAAGCAUGCACCGACCUAUCCAACGAGGUGCUGAAGAAGCACAACGUUGACGCCACCUACACCGUCGACCAGCUGUUGGAGGAGUUCGUCGGCCACAACUUCCGCAACAUGCUCAUCGGCAUCCAGAAGAAGCACGACUUCAAGAUGUCCCAGGACGAGCAGGACGAUUUCGUCGCCCGUGAGCUCGACGAGGUCACCAAGAAGCUGUCUGCCAAGUGCAAGGAGUGCCCCGGUGCCGACGAGCAACUGCAGUGGAUCAAGGACCAGGGCUACCCCAUGGCUGUCGUGUCCACCUCGGCCAAGCCUCGUGUCGUUGCCUCGCUCAAGAAGACUGGUCUCAUGCGCUUCUUCAAGGACGAGCACGUCUACUCCGCCGUCACCAGCCUCAACCCGCCCUCUUCCAAGCCCGAUCCCGCCAUCUACCUGCACGCCUGCAAAGAGCUCGGGGUGAAGCCGGAGGAGUGUGUCACCGUCGAGGACAGCAAAUCCGGCUCCACCGCCGCCAAGCGUGCCAACAUCCCCCUCAUCGCCUACGUCGGCAUCUACAACAUUGAAGAGGGCAAGGAGAAGAUGGACCAGAUGGCCAACACCCUAACCUCCGAGUGCAACGCCAUCUCCGUCAUGUACGACUGGAAGGAGUUCCCCGAGUGCUUGAAGAAGGUCGAGGCCACCUUGUCCUAGAUGUGGCC